AUGCCACAGAUACAAGAAACUCAGGAGAAGGGGCGUAAUGGUGUAACGAAUGGCGUUACCAAUGGUGUCACCAACGGUUGCGCCGCUGGUGAAGUGGGUUCUACUAAACUGAUCGGAUCCAACGACGUGGGAAAUGGUGAGAAAGAGCUGAUGAGCAACACCGACUUGGUUGAAGCUUCACAUAUUCCAGUCAUGGCCCCCUUUGAAUACCUCUGCUCGUUGCCUUCGAAAGGGGUACGGAAUAAGCUAAUUGAGGCUCUAAAUGUGUGGGUUCAAGCUUCACCAGAGGAUCUAGAAACCAUCACGUCGAUCGUAGGGGAUGUUCAUAACCUAUCAUUAAUGCUUGAUGAUGUCCAAGACAGUUCUCCGCUCAGACGGGGUAACCCAUCGACGCACGUCGUAUUUGGGAUCCCACAAACGGUUAACUCCGCAACAUACCAGAUUGUAGAUGUGAUAGGUAGAUCGAUGGAACUUCACGACGGAGCCUUCUCUAAAGUCGUUAUUGAUGAGAUGAGAAGCCUCUUGAUAGGUCAAGGUGUUGACCUAUUCUGGACUCACGACGUAUCGUCCCCGCCGGUGGAAGAGUAUUUGCAGAUGGUAGAUGGCAAAACGGGAGGCCUGUUCCGCAUGAUUUCCAAACUGAUGGUUGCGCGAUCUCGCUCAUCUUCAAACCCUCCUAAUCUGGACCGGCUUAUGACGCUGUUCGGGCGUCUCUUUCAGAUUCGCGACGAUUACGCCAAUCUUGUUUCUGACCAGUAUACUGGCACCAAAGGCUUCUGUGAGGAUCUAGAUGAAGGAAAGUGUAGCUUCAUCCUCAUCAAGACUCUUGAGAUGGCGAGCCCAAGGCAACGGGCAAUCAUGCGAAGCUUACUGAUGGAGCGGCAGGCAACCAAAUGCGUGGGGAGGGAACACAAAAACCUGCUGCUGACGAUUAUGGAAGAUUCGGGAUCUUUAAGAUACACUUCCGAAGUCCUAUCGAUGCUAUGUGAUGAGGUGCUGCUAGAACUCCGGUGCGUGGAACGUGAUACAGGCAUGCAGAAUCCUGCCAUGAUAAGGAUUAUCGAAUCUCUGAGAUUAUAG